AAAAAGUUGUAAGCCAACUCUAAGAGAAAGGCUUAACAAGUUUUCAUCAAUAGCCAGUGAAAGUGAAGUGUUAAUCACAAGGAUACUUCCCCACCCCAACAAAAGGAUACUCAAUUCGAAUAGUGCACAAAAAUGUUGAAAAUAUUUUGGCCAAUUUUCUUUGUAAUUGUCGCCAUCCAUGGCAAUCCAGUGAGUGAGACACGCAGGUUUCCCCAAGACUUCUUGUGGGGGGUCGGCUCAUCGGCAUAUCAAAUCGAAGGCGGUUGGAAUGCCGAUGAUAAGGGCGAGUCGAUUUGGGAUCAUUUGGUCCAUACGCAUCCCGAGAAGAUCGAUGAUCAAUCGGGUGCUGAUGUAACAGCAGAUAGCUAUCAUCAGUGGCGACGAGAUGUCCAGAUGGUCAAGGAGUUGCAUGCGUCCACCUAUCGUUUCUCAUUGUCGUGGCCCAGAAUUAUGCCCGGCGGCUAUAUGAAUCAUGUUAGCACCGCUGGCAUUAAGUACUAUAGCAAUCUGAUUGAUGAGCUACUUAGAUAUAAUAUCACACCCAUGGUCACCAUUUAUCAUUGGGAUCUGCCGCAGCGACUGCAAGAGCUGGGCGGCUGGACCAAUCCAGAGAUUAUACCCGCAUUCAAGGACUAUGCUCGUCUAGUGCUGGAGAUGUUCGGUGAUCGUGUCAAAUUGUGGACUACCAUAAACGAGCCAUACCAAAUCUGUGAGAUGGGCUAUGGCUUGGACUAUAUGGCUCCGUCAUAUAAAUAUCCGGGCAUACCCUCUUAUCUUUGUGGUCACAAUCUGCUCAAAGCCCAUGCCGAGGUGGUGCACAUGUAUCGUGAGCAAUUCCAGAAACGCCAAGGUGGACGCAUUGGUAUCACAUUAUCCUCAUCUGGUUUUGCGCCCAGAAAUCCAGAUUCAGCUGAAGAUCGUGAGGCUGCGGAACGGGGAUUUCAAUUCUUUGUGGGUUGGUUUGCCCAUCCCAUUUUCUCGCGGCAUGGCAACUAUCCCAAAAUUGUGAUCGAUCGCAUUCGAAAUCUUAGCAAGGAGCAAGGAUUUACACGGUCACGUCUUCCAGAGUUCACCCAGGCUGAAAUACAUCGGAUUCGUGGCACAGCGGAUUUUUUUGGCCUUAAUACGUAUACGACCUAUUUGGCGACUACAAAUGGUCAUAAUAAUACUGGCAACUUUCCUGUGCCAUCGUUUGAUCAUGACAUGGGAAUCAUUUACAAUCACGAUGGUGUGGAUUGGCCUAGUUCAGGUUCAGUCUGGUUAAAGUCAUAUCCCAAAGGCAUCUACGAUCUGAUCAAAUGGAUUCAUCACCAAUACAAUGGACCCGAGAUUAUGGUCACCGAAAAUGGAGUAAGUGAUCGCGGUGGUCUGGAGGAUUAUGCUCGAGUUGACUAUCUCAAUUCGUAUUUGUCCGCCGUAUUGGAUGCCAUUGAGGAUGGGGUUAAUGUCAGUGGCUAUAUUGUCUGGAGUUUGAUGGACAGUUAUGAAUGGAAAGCGGGUUUCAAUGAGAAGUUCGGUCUCUAUCAUGUGGACUUUACAUCGCCCGAACGUACCCGUACACCAAAGAUCUCAGCCAGAGUUUAUACACAUAUAUGCAAAAAUAAUGGCAUCAAUUGGAGCUACAGACCCACUCUGAAUAAAGAACAAUUGGUGGCUAUGGCCCAAUUGCCAGCCGAAGACCUUGCGGGGAUCAGUGGAGCCAAAGCCAACACUGGAACCUGGCAUUGGUGUUGGAGUUUGACCCUUCUGGUCAGUUUGCUGAGGCGGGUGAGUGAGUGAGCCAGUUAGUUUAUGGGCGUGGCGUGAGAAGGAAAGAUCGUUGCCAUAUAUACAUUUUUUUUUUUAACGAUUUUAAGCGAAUGCUGUUUCAAAGUAUUUCUUAAAUUCGUAGGCUCGUAAACAUAAUUUUAAAUAUUUUAAGCCAGAGACUUAAACUGAAUAAACCACUUUGUUGUGAUACCAUUUAUAAA